AUCAUGUGGGAGCCACCUGACGGUUAAUGUGCUACAAACUAUCUCGACGCCGAUUGUCGAGUGGUGGGGGUGGUGGGAGAGCGUCUCGACGCCGGUUCCUUCACUUAGUGAAGAGCAGCAUGUGGUGGUGGCUGCUCCUCUUAGUCACCGUAGUGACGGCCGAAGCAAAACGGCCAACGACCACUCAAGAACCGGUUAUCGAAGAAGUCACUGCCAAGCAACUAGAACGCAUCCUCUCAGAAAAGGACUACGUCGCCGUCUUCUGGUAUGCCCGAAGUUGCACCACAUGCGAUAAAGUACUGCUUGAAUUAGAACAAAUCGACGAUGAUACCGACUCGUUUGGAGUGGAUUUUGUCAAAAUUAACGAUAAACGACUUGCCAAACAAUAUGGCAUCACAAAGUUCCCUGCUCUCACGUACUUUAGAGAAAAAGAGCCGAUUAUAUACGAAGGUGACUUAAUGGAUGAAGAACAAGUAUUAGAUUUCCUCACCAGCUUAGAAGCUAUGGAUUUACCUGACCGAAUUGAAGAAGUGAAUGCGAAAAUUUUGGAAAAAAUAGUUGAAAGUACCGACUACGUUGCUGUUUUGUUCUGUCCAGACGCCGACACGUGCACAAAAUCGGGAAGCAAUAAACCAGAAUGUAAAAAAUGCUCCAAAGUUUUGAUGGAACUUGAAAAUAUUGACGACGAAGCUGAUCAACUGGGUAUUGGUUUCGUGAAAAUUAACGAUGAAAAUCUGGCCGAAGAAUAUAAUUUGGGAACCUUACCUGCUCUUGUUUAUUAUAGACAUCAGACUCCCAUUAUUUAUGAAGGUGAAUUAACCAAAGAGGAAGAUGUGUUAGAAUGGUUAGUUCAGCAUAAAAGUACUGGAGACGAAGAUGAUACAAUCGAAGAUGUUACAUUAAAAACACUCACUACUCUAGUAACCAGUGUAGACCACUUAGCUGUACUUUUUUAUGAUCACGGUUCAGAUGAGUCUAAUGAUGUCCUGGAUGAUUUAGAGCACAUUGAUGACGAUUGUGAUAAAUACGGUAUUCAGUUUGUGAAGAUAGAUGAUGCCAACGCGGUGAAAGAAUACGGUUUAGAUUCCUUACCGGCUGUGGUAUAUUUUGAGAAAGGAAUUCCAAAUGUUUAUGACGGAGAUUUAGAACAAGAAGAAGAAAUAUUGCAAUGGUUAGUAGAACAACUCGAAAAAGAUGAAAUAGAAGAUGUCACCGAUGAAAUGUUGGACAAAUUGAUACAAGAGAGUAAAUAUUUGGCCGUGCUAUUCUAUGACGAUGACGAUAGAAAAUCUCAAAAAGUUCUCAACGAAUUAGAAAACAUCGACGACGAAUGCGACCAGCUCGGCAUCGUUUUUGUAAAAAUUGAUAACGAUGACGAAGCCAAGGAAUACGGUAUCGAAAAACUACCUUCCCUUGUUUACUUCGAAGGAGGAGUACCGACUCUGUACGAAGGUAACCUAGAGGAUGAAGAAAAAGUGUUGAAAUGGUUAGAUCAUCAAGUUAAACAUGAUGAAAUUGAAGAUGUCACUGACGAAAUGUUGGAUAUUCUAAUAAGUAAAAAGUCCCAUGUUGCCGUACUUUUUUACGACAAAAACCAAAAGAAAAGUCAAAAAGUCUUGACAGAACUAGAAAAUAUCGAUGACGAGUGUGAUCAGAAUAACAUUGCUUUUGUAAAAAUCGAUAACCCCGAAGAAGCCAAAGAGUACGGCAUUGAUGUUAUACCCAGUUUGGUACUGUUUGAAAAACGCAUCCCUCAUUUAUAUGAGGGAGAUUUAACAAAGGAAGAAGAACUAUUAGAUUGGUUGCUACAUCAGAAGAGACACAGUGAGAUACCUGAUGUUACCGACGAAAUGAUGGAGCUACUUAUAAAUUCUGAGAAGUAUUUGGCAGUUUUGUUUUAUGAUAAAGAUGACAAACAAGAUAUACGAGUGUUAAACGAACUGGAAAACAUCGACGAUGAUCUAGAGAGAGAGGGAAUAGUUAUCGUUAGGAUAGACAACGACGCUGAAGCUAAAGAAUAUGGUAUCGACCAUUUACCAACGUUGGUGUACUUCGAAGAUAAAAUACCAUCAAUUUACGAAGGAGAACUAAUGAACGAAGAUGAAGUAUUGAAAUGGCUUAUUGAACAAAAACAAACAGCAACUAUUGAAGAAGUAACAGAUGAAAUAUUGGAAGAUCUCAUUCAAGAACACGAGUAUGUUGUGGUUUAUUUCACUGGUAACUGUGAAGAAGGUCAAGAAUGCGAUAAUAUUCUCAAAGAAUUAGAAAAUAUCGAUGACGAACUAGAUGAAAAUGGUAUCAUAUUCGUUACAACCGAAGAUAUAGUUAUAGCUAAAAAAUAUAACAUCAAAAAUUUCCCUAAACUAGUGUUCUUCCGAAACAAAGAACCGUUGGUAUAUACUGGAGAUAUUGAAGACGAAGAUGAAGUUCUAGCUUGGUUAACAGAUGAAAAUACUUUGGAAAUUCCUGACAGAAUUGAAGAAGUUAAUAGUAAAAUGUUGGACAAGAUUCUUGGUGAAAACGAACAUGUAGUCGUAUAUUUCUAUAAAGAGGGAGAUAAACGGUCUCAUAAAAUUCUACAAGAACUUGAAAACAUCGACGAUGAAUGCGAAGAUAAAGAUAUUGAUUUCGUUAAAAUAUCCGAUGAAGGUAUCCAAAAGGAAUACGAUCUUCCCUCACUACCGGCUGUCGUUUUCUACAGAAAUAGAUUUAGAGAAAUCUAUACAGGUGAUUUAAUGCACGAAGAAGCGAUACUAGACUGGAUAUUGACAUUAAGAGAUUCAGCUCCUGAUGUUAUUGAGAACGUAGAUAGAAAAACUUUACAGGUACUAAUAAACGACAUUGAACAUUUAGCCGUUCUUUUCUAUAACGAUGUCUGUGAAGAGUGUAGCGAAAUCUUAGAAGAAUUAGAAAAUAUCGACGAUGACGCUGACAAACACGGAAUACAGUUUGUUAAAUCCACGGAUGCCAAAUUAGCCGCAGAAAUUGGUAUUUUCAGUUUUCCUGCUCUUGUGUAUUAUGAAACCGGAGUUCCGAUUAUGUAUGAUGGAAAUUUAUUGGACGAAACAGAAGUUCUUGAAUGGAUGACAGAUCAAAAAAAUGAUCAAAGUAUUGAAGAAAUAAACAGAGAAAAAUUAUUCAACUACAUAGACACCAAGGAAUUCCUAGCGGUAAUAUUUUACAAAGAAGAAGAUCCAGACAGUCCACGAAUUUUGCGACACAUCGAACUAAUAGAUGACGAAGCGUCUGAGUACGGUAUAAAAAUUGUAAAAAUGAAAGACAGGCUUAUGGCUAAAAAGUACGGAUUCAGAAAUCCUCCAGGUAUAACAUACUUCAGAAAAGGCAAACCAAUUAAUUACGAUGGAGAUAUCGACGAUGAGGAAGAAAUAUUAGAUUGGUUAAACGACCCCGAAAACAUGGAAUUAACUGAUCAUAUUGAGAGAGUCAAUAGAAAAAUGUUCGAAAAAAUUAGACAAAGAUCAGAUUAUGUAGCAGUGUUUUUAUAUAGCAGCGACUGCAAACAGUGUCCAAGAGUCCUUGCAGAAGUCGAACAUAUUGACGAUGAAGCCGAUGGAGCCGGAAUCAACUUUGUUAAAAUAGAAGAUAAACAGAUGGCGAAAGAAUUAGGAGUUUUCGCUCUACCUGCUAUUCUGUUCUUCAAGAUGGGUUCUAAGGAACCAGUAAUCUAUGCAGGAGAUUUAUUCGACGAACAACAGAUUCUACAAUGGAUGUUAACACAAAAAGAUCCGUCUGGAGACGUUAUUGAAGCUUAUGAUGGAAGUGAACUGUUAACAUUGAUAGAUAAUGAAGAAGCGUUAGCUGUGUAUUUUUGGAACAAGACACUUUGCGAUAUAUGCGGUGAAACCAUGGAACAGCGGCCUAAGAAGAGUUCGAAGAAAAGUUCUUCAGAAAAUCAAACAGCGUCAAAAAUUAACGAUAGCGAAGAGUGUGAACAAUGUUAUAAGAUUCUCGAAGAAUUAGAAAACAUAGACGAUGAUUGUGAACGUCAUGGUAUAAAGUUUGUUAAAACACAAGAUCUUCGAAUAGCCGAACAGUACGGAGCCACGGACUAUCCGGUUUUGAUGUAUUUUGAAAAUGGAAUCGGUGGAGUAUUUGAAGGUGAUGUGGAGGAAGAAGAAGAAGUUCUCCAGUGGCUUAUACAACAAAGGACGGAAGAUAGAAUAGAAUUAAUAACCAGGGUGAUGCUUGAAAAAAUGGUAGAAGAAACGCAAUACUUAGCUGUAUAUUUCUAUAAACAAAACUGUUAUAUCUGUGAAGAAAUUCUUGAAGAGUUAGAACAAAUUGAUGAUGAAUGCGACAUAUACGGUAUUCAUUUAGUGAGAAUUCAAGAUCCUCAAUUAGCUAAAAGAUACAGCAUUAAAACAUUCCCUGCGUUGGUUUAUUUCAGAAACGGAAAUCCGUUAUUGUUUGAAGGAGAUCUUCAAAACGAACAGUCUGUUUUAGAAUGGUUGACAGAUGAUGACAAUAGAGAGCUGGAAGAUCAAAUCGAAUUGGUAAAUGAGAGGAUGCUAAUCAGAUUAUUGAAUACAUCUCCAUUUCUGGCUGUUUUCUUUUAUGAUGAAGACUGUCCAGAAUGCGAUAUGAUUCUCGAACAUUUGGAAGAAAUCGAUAACGAAGCUGAUCUUUUCGGAAUAGAUUUCGUAAAAAUCUGCAGUGCACAAGCGGCAGCCGAUCAGGGUCUCCAUACGCUUCCUGCAUUGAUGUAUUUCAGAAAGAAAAAACCGAUGGUAUACGACGGUGACCUAAGUCAAGCUGAUCGCGUAUUAGAAUGGUUAACAUCACAAGAUGUAUUCGAAAUUAAAAAUGAAAUCGAAGAAGUCAAUAAAAAGAUGCUAGAGAAAUUGCUGGAGGAGAACGAAUACGUUACAGUAUUUUUUUAUGAGCUGAGCUCUGAGGACAGUAAAUUAAUAUUAGAAAAAUUGGAAAACAUCGACAGUGAAACAGACAAUUUUGACAUAACGUUCGUUAAGAUGGCCGACGCUCGAUACGCCAGAAAAUGGGGGGUGACGAACCUUCCUGCCAUCGUGUAUUUCAGACGCCGCUUCCCGAGCAUAUAUAGGGGAGAUUUACAUUCCGAAGCGGAUGUCCUCGAAUGGCUCCGAAAGAACAGAUUCAGGCAACCCGAGUUGAAUCUCUUCAUGUAUGCACUCAUGGCGAUAAUCGUAGCAUUUUUUAUUUACACGGCAUUUUUACUACAAUGUUUCAAAGUUACGCCCACGACAACGGUCGUUGUGCAUACGAAGCAAAGUUAAACGUUUUUAUUUCAUCUUUGAAGGGUUACAUUUUUUUUUAUUUAACAACUUUUGAUUAGAGUAGGUUUGAUCUUGUAGUGCUGCUCGCAUACCGUCGAAGCGAUCGUAGCUCGAUUUGUUUGAGGACUUUUCCAUGCACCAUUUGAGUUGAAAAGAUGAACAAUUUUUUAUUAUCAUUUGUGCUGCUUAUGGAUAAAAUCAUUGAUAUUUCAAUAUCAAUAUAAGGUCAAACUUCGAAUUAAUACCAACAUCUGAUUUCUAUAAAACUCCGUGAAGUAUUGGGAUGGAAUGAUGGGGUAAUGCUAUAGAAAUUGGGGAGUGGGGAAAGACAGAUAUAAAAACAAUGAGAUCUGGUGCUCUGAACUGGUUCUAUCAUCGGGAAAAUGGGAUUCUGAGCCCCGAGCUCGAAGGUAUUUAAAAAAAAACGGUUUUUAUGAUAUGAAUGUAGAAACGAGAGCGAUACGCACCGAGAAAAUCCAAGGAACCGAGUAAAUUUUAUCUCAAAUGCUUGUAAAUUGCAUUUAACUAACCUAACCUUGUUUGUAUUGAUCCUUUCUAAGUAACAACAUAUAGCACCUUAUGAAGAUAAGGGAUCGAGGCAGCCUUUAUUUAACCUAACAAAACCUUUUUUGUAUUGAGUCAUUCUGAGUGAGAGCACCUGGCACCACGUGAAGUUAAGGAAUCGAGUCAGCCCUUAAAGUUUAUGAUUACCUGUCCUCCGUUCUUUGUCAUAGUCUCAUAAGGGAGAUCGGUUUAUAAUAGUUUAUCCAGUUCAAUCUGGCUGCUCGCCCUUUCGAGUUACCAGGUAGAUGAGGGAAAUCGUCUCGUUUUCUUAUGCAUCUUUCAGCAUUAUAAGAGUUCAUAGGAUAAACAUGCGAAUUCAAGAAUUUAUUGAAACGAGUUUUGGGGACUUAAUUCUUAUUUAGUUAGACAGAGUUUUCAAGAGCUGAAUUUUUUUGUUGAGUUGAUGAAUUUCGGAGGUACAAAAUGAGGCAUCCCCAAGAGAAUUGUUUGUUGGUACUAAUCCAAAGAUGAGCCUAUUAUCACAAUAACUGUUAAUUAUAAAUUUGAAUGAAAUAUAGGAUUUUUAAACAAAUCUAGUUGUAAUAAUUGCCGAAAAAUACAAGAAUCUUUCAAUAAACAUUUGAUCUUCAAGCAUUAUCAAUUUUUGACGUAAUAAUCAUUGUCCAACAGAUUGUAAACACAUAUUAAUCUUCCAUUUUGUUUGAUUGCAAUAAUUUUGCGAUCAUUAUAAUAGUUUCUUUUAACAGAAAUUCCAUUUCUCCCAUUAAAUAUCCCUCUAUAUUCUUCUUUAUUAGCCCUUUAGCCCUCUACACCUGUAUAUAUUUAUCUCUCCAUUUUCACCAUUCUUCUUUAGCUAAUUAAAAGAAUUUACACUCUCGUUUUUCUCUAAUAUCGUUCCUCAAUUGUCUGAUAUUAGCUUCUUCUUUUUUCAUUAUAUCUUCAGCACAUCUUUCACAAUGUUCAAUCUAAUUAGAAUUAUAAUUAUCAAUUCAUUGCUUUUAAAUGUUUUUUCAAGCUUUAUUCUAUAGUUUGUACUUAACACCAAUAGUGCCAAUAGUAACACCUUUUGUAGCACUUAAUUUAUGUAAAAUAUUACCCAGUUUAAAUGUGCUUUCAAGGAAUAAAGGCAGGAAACUAAACAGACCAAAUGGGGCCAUUCACAUACAAACGCGCGCUUUGUACAAGCGCUAACCAACCGCAACGCUGGUAGUUUUCAGUACGACCGAUGCGUUUUGAGGGCGCUUCGAAUUAUAUUGACAAGCGCAUGCUUUUCAUACUCUGCUGUAUAUUUUGAAAACAAGUUUCUAUCAAUACACUUUCAAAAUUGAACAUGGGUUAUGAUGUAAAGCUAUUUAUGGAAUUCAAAAACAGACAUGUAUGUGGGAUGUGUAUCACUUUUCCCUACUGCACAAUCAACGCGGAGUCUAACGCCCUCCUAUGUACAUAAUCUGAACCAUUAUAUCGUAAAGCUACAUUGCUCAAGAUACUUUUUCAACUUAUAGCUUUCGUUUGCAGAUUGUCGGCAUCGUUGUGUGCUUCAAAUGAAACAUAUCCAAAAUAAAACGCACUCCAUAAACGGACGUAUUUUUUCUAAACUUCAAAUAUUUCCACAAUCUAUUCAUUGAUAUACAUAACAAGUAUGUUAUGCCUACAUAGUGAAAAAAUUUUACUUUUCCCCGAUCUUCAUACUAUUUUCAAAGUCUGGCAACAUUGUAAUAUCAUACCAAUAGUAAAGACGUGUACCAUAUUUAUAAUGCAAACUAGACUUAAUAGCUUUGUUCGCCGUAGAUAUCCCAAAGGUGUUCAGUCGUCAGGUGCGUUCGCAAUGGUAAUAAAACUUGUUCAGGAUUAAAAACCAUGUGUUCGCGGAUUCUGAAUAAAGAUUUUUAAUCCGGCGCAUGUGCAUUCAUUUUUGUGAUAUUUAUCACGAACUAACCUCUAGCCUAGGUAUUUUCUACGUACUUGCAAUUCAAAAAAACGUGGUAGUUCAAUUUAUACUUUACAAGAAUAAAUCUUCGGUCAGUUAAUAAUAUAGUAAAGUGAAUAUUAUAUACAUUUUAUUUUAGUUUUGAAUUUAAAUUUCAAUUUUAGAUGUUCAUAAAUCGUUCGUGUAUAUUCAAAACAAUGCAUGCGCAUUUGACAUGUUCAGAAGAUAUUCGGAAUGUGUUCAAAUUGUCUACCGCGAGCAAAGCUAAUGGCAGGAACUUCGAAUAUGUUUGUUGAAAGUAUUUCUUGUACCUUGUUACGUAACUCAUAAAUUGAAAAUAAAAUUGGAUCUAUAUGAUUUUUUUUGUUCAGUUUUCUUCACUUGUUGUAGAUAUUAUGUUGUAUAGAAUAUUCUUAUUUUUUAAUUUAGUUAUUUAUCCAUUUAAUCGCUGUUGCCCUUCACCCGUGAGUUAAAAUUAUUAUUCAACGGAUUUUCGAAUCCUGGACCAAUAAGUUACGUAAUCGUUCAACGUUAAGAAAGUGUUCAUUGUAAAUCUUAAUAUAAUGUUAACGUCUACUCUGUACAUAUUGUACUAUCAUUCCCGAAAUAGGCAAAAAAGGUAAAUCAGUUUUAAAUAUGUGAAUAAAGGAAUGUAAAUCUUGUAAAUAAAUAUGUAAAUGUAAGUGAUA